AUGGAUCCCAGUAUUCUCGCAGCCAUGGACAAAGAGGCACUGAAAAAGCAGAUCGAAAACAUGAAGUACCAGGCUUCUAUGGAACGCUGGCCGCUAUCGAAAAGCAUUGCUGCGAUGAGGGAGUACGUAGAGGAAAAUGAAAAAAACGACCCGCUUAUACACGCCCCCGACAAGAAAAACAACCCUUGGGCUGAGAAAGGGAAAUGCAUCAUAAUG